GCAGUCAGGAGAACUCUCUCACUUGCCUGGUCUCCAGCACAGCUGCCCUGAGCUUUGCAAGGGUGGGGGAUAGCACAGACACCCUCUGAGCAGCCAUGUCCCGCUCCGUGAGUUUCAGCUCGCGCUCUGCCGCCGUGCCGGGGAUCAGCCACGUGCGGGUCAGCACCGUCUCCUCCAGCCGUGGACUCGGGGGUGCUGCCUUGGGCCGGGCAGGAGGCUUUGGCAGCUCCAGCCUGUACAACCUGGGCUCCAGCAAACGGGUCUCCCUGGGAGGGGGCAGCUCCUACAGCGUUCGCUCUGGAUACGGCUACGGAGGGAUGGGCUUGGGUGGGGGCCCGGCUGGCAUUCAGGAGGUCACCAUCAACCAGAACCUCCUGACACCCCUCAACCUGGAGAUUGACCCCAACAUCCAGAGGGUGAGGAAGGAGGAGAAGGAGCAGAUCAAGACGCUCAACAACAGAUUCGCCUCCUUCAUCGACAAGGUCCGGUUCCUGGAGCAGCAAAACAAAAUGCUGGAGACCAAAUGGAGUCUCCUCCAGGACCAGAAGACUGCCAGGAGUAACAUUGCCCCCAUGUUUGAAGCUUACAUCAGCAACCUGCGGCGGCAGCUGGACGGGUUGCUGAACGACAAAGGGCGCUUGGAGGGCGAGCUGAGGAACAUGCAGGAUCUUGUUGAGGAUUUCAAGACCAAGUAUGAAGAUGAAAUCAACAGGCGCACGGCAGCAGAGAACGAGUUUGUGGUGCUCAAGAAGGAUGUGGAUGCUGCCUACAUGAACAAAGUGGAGCUGGAGGCCAAGGUGGAUGCCCUGACAGAUGAGAUCAACUUCCUGAGGUCACUCUAUGAAGAGGAACUUCGGGAGCUGCAGGCGCAGAUCUCUGACACACAAGUGGUGCUGUCUAUGGACAACAGUCGAAACCUGGACCUGGACAGCAUCAUUGCAGAGGUCAAAGCCCAGUAUGAGGAGAUUGCCAACAAGAGCAGGGCAGAGGCUGAGUCCUGGUACCAGAGCAAGUACGAGGCGCUGCAGGUGACGGCCGGCAAACACGGGGACGAUCUGCGCAACACCAAGAACGAGAUCUCGGAGAUAAACCGAAUGAUCCAGAGGCUGCAGGGUGAGAUCGAGAACGCCAAGGCCCAGCGUGCCAAGAUGGAGGCAGCCAUUGCUGAAGCUGAGGAACGUGGUGAGCUGGCUGUCAAAGAUGCCAAAGCAAAGCUGGAGGAGCUGGAGGCAGCCCUGCAGAAGGCAAAGCAGGACAUGGCCCGGCAGCUCCGGGAGUACCAGGAGCUGAUGAACGUCAAGCUGGCCCUGGACAUCGAGAUCGCGACCUACAGGAAGCUGCUGGAGGGAGAGGAGAGCAGGUUGGCUGGUGAUGGAGUUGGCAACGUCAACAUCUCCGUGGUCAGCUCCAGCGGUGGAGGUGGCUACAGCAGCUCCAGUGGAUUGCUGGGAGGAGGAAUUGGAGGAGGCCUCAGCCUGGGAGCAGGCAUGGGCAGCGGGGCACUGGGCUUCUCCUCUGGGGGUGCAACCAAAUCCUACACCAUCACCACGACCUCGUCCAGCAGAAGAAGCGUGAGGAAGUAGCUGCAGGAGCGGCGCUGAGCCGUGCCCGUUCCGUGGCGGGGGGGAAACCAUAGAGAAAGAAAAGUUGUGUUUUGUUGUGCAUCUCGUAGGACAAAUUGGCUGCACCAUUUCUGCAGUGAUGAAUGAAUUGCAAUCAGACACACCAGAGUACCUGACCCUGCCACGUCACGCCUGAGGCAUGAUCCUGCACUGUUGAACUCAGUGGGAGUCGUUCCACUGAGAGCAGGUUCAAGCCUGUAGGGUGAAAUUUAUCCAGUGGAGUGGGCAGGGCAAUGCUUUUGUUACUUGUGUGCUUGGUACCCCCUGCUCAGGGCUGGAUUUCACCCUUUGAAAGGCAGAGCAAUCAUUUGCAUGGCAAGCUGUCCCACGUUUCUGCUGUGGUUUUGCAAAAGAGACCAGAAGAUUAUCUCCCUCUUAAUAUGAUUUGGAAGACUUUUAUUCCCUUGGGCUCCUCAGAAAAUGCCAGCCCUUGUGAAGAUUUCAGCCUGGGUUUACUCUCUUGAAGUACAGCAAGGAGAAAACAGUGAAAGCUGCUUUGGGUUUCUCCUCAUUGUCUUUAGAAAUGGGCUCAGGGAUGCAAUUCAAUGAUUCAAUGAAGCCAGUUUCCUACUGAAAGCAACAGACAGGUUUACUUUCAGGUUCUUUAUAGCAAAGCAGCUCAUAAAUGAGCUCCCCCACUCAUUCUUUAUCUUUGAAAGCAGCCCAAAGCCUAAGGGAUGUGAAGUUGCUGACAUUUCUAAGUAGCCCCACUGUCAUGGGAGAUAACAUUCCCCAUCCCUGGUGUCUCUGUUUACCACUCUGCUUUCAAAGCCUGCCUGCUGAUAUCUGCUGUCUUUACACUACAUCCAGGGAAAACACAUGUUUUGCUGAUGCAUCAUUGCAAUAACUACUUGUUCCUGCCAAAAUGUGUCUUCCACUGGGAUGUGCCAGGGAAGACAGCUCAGUUGUUACUGCAGUAGGAAGAACAGAUAAACAGCUCCAAACCACACAGCAUCGUUCUGUCACGUGCUCAGCCAUGUCCUAGCAGUGUGUCUUUGAUUGAUAUUUUAUGCCUUGGUGCUCCAAGACAUUCUCAUGAGGCCUUUAAUAAAGUUUCCCUAUUACA